UCAUUAAUUCACUCGUUGAACCCAAUCAACCAAGGAACCUUCUUCAGAAAAUAUUGUGCAGUACAAAAAGACUUGUAAGAUUUGAACAACUGAAAGACUUGAUAACCAUUAGUUUUGUGGAGAAUCAUGACAGCUAGAGUACUAGUAGUCACGGUGCUACUCACAGGUGUUAGUGCUGAGACGAUGAUUGGGAAUUGCAAUCGAACAACUUUUUCACACGGAGCAAUGUUAUGUCAGCGUUAUGCCGUUGAAAACUUGCUGUACGUCCCCAAAGCAACAUGCGAAUCUGAGUACCUCAAACAAACUAAUUGCAUUACAAAACACGUCCAAAGCUGUCUACAAGGAACAUCGUUGAGUCCUUUCUGGGCAUUUGUUGUUGAUCUGAUAAAUCAUGUUGUGAUGAACUGUGGCAGUGUUUCUGGGGUUGUUAAUGACUAUUUGCUCCAAGAGUUAAAAUGUGGUGGCGCCAAAAAAGCGUUUGAUCGAACUAAAGACUGCUGGACUGACUUUGCUGAUAAGGUGAAAGCAAAUAAAACAGAUCCUUCAUUAUGCAGCGUGUACGCUACAACUAAGCACUGCGUUGCCAACAUAACAAACAAAGAAUGUCCUGAAGUGAGAAUGGAGGAGGACCAUUGUAAUCCAUUCUGUGAUAAUAGAACAGAUGAUCAUCGACAAUGCCCAGUGACAUCAAUAACCUUGGUUUGUGAAACACAGUUUUACUUCGAAAAGAGGAAAGUCUGCGAAAAACCGUUUAUUGAUAGUAUGGCACAAAAAGGAAGCUGUGGAGUCGAAUCACCCAAGUUUGUGUCAUGUGUCAAAGACCACUAUAAAGCAUGCUUUAAUCCACGUGUUGACAACGCCCUUCUAGACCAACUUGUCGACAUAAUGGUGUCCACUUCCAACGCUCAAAGGAUGUUCUGUGAUGCAGCUCGCGUGAACACUUCAGCAGUCCCAUCGUCGUUAAAUGCCAUUUCCACGUGUAACGCAAACUUUUCAUCACCAGCUAACAACUGUGUGAAGGAGUUUAAGGAAGCAUAUUCCAAGAACACUGGGGCUAUUCUAUGCAGUAUGUAUGAAAAUGCCAGUUCAUGUUUGUACAAAACACAAGAAACUCACUGCAAAUAUCCAUCAACUGUGCUGCAGAUCUUAAAUAACUCGUACAACCCGUUCAUUUGUAACACAUCAACACCGACCCAAGUAGUCAUUAGUCGGUCAGGUGGCGCACAGUGUGUCUUGAGGGUAUGGUCGAUAUUGGUUGGCAUUCUCUUCUGUAAACUUUGUAUACCUGAAUAUUAAAACGCACCAUGUUGCAUGACGCACAAAGCGGCAACGGAACAAUUUAUAAUCGACUUUAAGCUACGAAAUGAUCAUCUUCCAAAGAUUACAUCUUUUUGCAGCUUUUUUAGACAUCGCUGAAUCAGGUUCAUCAUAAAGGUUUCGAGAACCUGGCUAGGCUUGCUGCGUACGGUUCUCCAGCGGAAACGAACUUAUUUGUCUACUGUAUUUGGUCUCCUUGCAAAGAAUCUUGACUGAGAAGAACUGGUGACGAGAAAUUAGGAUCCUUCCUAACCCCCUCCCCCCACUGGCAUCUUGUUUUAACUUAAACACAGGAAUCCCACUGAGUAGAGUUCCCUGAAAAGGAAGCUACUAGUCACUACAAUGACAUGACAGGUCUCAAGCUUCUCAGCCGUAGUUCUCAUUCUAUCAACUUUAGCACUUGGAAGGAAGAGCAAGUUCCCCCAGAUUCCAAAAAAAUUAAUUUAGUAAAUGCCCAUCUACUUUGGUUCAAAGGUUCUUGGAUGCAUUUUUGUCUUUUAACUAGGAUGUUUUUUUAAUCAAAUUCAUUAAUAAUUAAAAAGAAACACUUAGGAAAAUCAUUGCCAUGACAAAAUCUUUAUAUCAGCAAGAUACUUAUCCCGAUUUGCAUACAACKUUAACUUCUAUUUUCUCUUAAAACAAUAUUUUAUCUUGARGUUUUUUACUUAAAGGUGCUUUAGUUUUGUUGGGAUUUGAUAAGCUAUAUAGAAUAUUCAUGACUGACCCUUAUGGACUUUAAACUGCUCACUUCMAGCCUGUAGUUUUAAAUGCCYAUAAAGGUCUCYAACUCAUACUUCAUAUUAUAUCACAUAUUAAAAUGUUUACACACAG